AUGGACUUGGAGACUGAAGAGGCAGCAGCAGUGCGCCACCGUCCUCAGUGCAGGCCAGAGCUUCGGGCUCAGAGGGAGAAAAUACAGAAGGGGAGGCAGUGCCCAGUCAAGGGAUGCAAAGAACGCCUCACAGCGAUCUCGUCCAUCCAUUGCCCACACUGUCAAGUGGAUGUUUGCAUCAAACACCGGUUAAAAGAAGACCACAACUGUGAAGUGCUUAAAGCUACGAGGAAGGAGCGAAAAAGAAGCUCCCUCUUCAGGCAAAUGUCGUCGAGCGCCGCCAAAGGAGUGAAAUCCAAGUGGCAUUCGGACCCGAGCAGCACAGGAAAAGCGGAGCAGCAUGUGCUCGAUCAUGUGACGGACUCCACUGUUAACGGCGUUUCCCUUGUAUGUCCCAUCACCAAUCAUUUCCGGCCAGCGGGGGGCCCAUUGGCGCCCCCGGAAGCAGCAUCUCUAGAACGGCACAACUUUCCUGCACUAAGUAUUUGGAGAUCUACUGUCAGUCAGGCUAGCUACGCACGGUGUCCCCGCCAAAAAAGGCUAGCGGCGCACGGCUAA